ACAUUUCUGAUUUGCUUUGCCCUGACCCAUCCGAGGCUGUGGUCCUGCUGUGGUGUGGGCUGUGAAUGACCCUUCUCUUGGUGAUUCCACUUUGGAAGAAAUCACAUUUCUUGCAGGAAAACAAGGGGCAUGCUAAGGUGUGGUGUUGGGGUUGCUCUUUUCUGUUGCAGUUUCCCCUUUCCCAUGGGGUUCUGGUGCAGCAGCCUGGGGUUGACCAAGAGGCUGCCCUCAUGUUGCAACUUUUCUCUUGGUUUGUGCUUGGCAAUUUGAAGGUUGUUAAGGGGAAAAGAUGAUUUGGAGGAAGGAAGAGGUGGGAGGAAUGGAGGAAGCUCAGUGGGUGGAAAGUUGUACGGGGAUUCCCAGUCCUAUCCUGCAGCUGCAGGAAUUUCUGUUUUACAUGUGGACACUGCUUGAAGCAGCUGAAUUUUCUUCAGUGUAAUCCACCUGUGUUGCUGAGCUGUUCCUGAAGAGCUGAUCAGAAGAGCAGCUGCUGGCAGCUCGAUCCCUAUCCCUUUACUGCGCUGAUGUUAUAAAAUAAAUAAAACCCCCUCAAAGCACACGUCCACUUCUUGCCAGGAGGGCUGGGUUGGGGGCAUAAUGCUGCUCGAGAGGGAGAGGAGGGGAGCAAGUAGCAGUGUUGGGAUAUUUUCAAAGCCAUAUGGCUGCAGGAUGUGGGGAAAGUGUGAAAUGCAGCACUGUUGACAGAUGCCCCAGCGCAGAGCUGGUGCCUGCUCUGCAGGACCAGCUCUGGUGUGUGGCUGCUUUCUGUGGAGGACAGGGUGGCUGGGUGCUGUGGGGGCUCUUCCAUCCCAUAGUGCCCUGUCAGUGAGCACGUUCACUGCUGGGGAAAGGGGGAGUUCACUGGCUUGGGUUUGGUCAGUCAAAGUUAUGAUCUGGGGAUGAAGAAGGGGAUGACAUACGUUGUUUCCUCUCCCAGCCCCUCCUGGGCUACAGGGAAGAAGAUGGAUUGACCUUUGGGACAUCACCUUGUUUGGUGGCACCAUAUGAAGGAAAUCUCAUCAGAAGGUCACCUCUGAGCUUCCAGAUCACCCAAGAGCAGAAUAUUACCACAGCACUGGCAGUUAUGAAGACACCACUUGCCAAGUCCUUGCUGAGAACUUGCUGCUCAUUUGCCUGAAGUUCAUCUUUUCCCCAGAUGCAAAUGCUGUCAACUCCGGUUCCACCAAGAGUGCUGCUGCUGACAUGAAGGCCCCGCUCCCUAGUCUCUUCCUGCUUCUGGUCCUCCUGGCAUUGGGAUGGGGAAGCAGGGCAGUCACAGCCUGGGCAACAUCUUCUGGCAGCUGCAAGCUUGUGCAGAGCACCAUGGACUGCACUGGAAGAUGGCUCAGCUCUGUCCCAGGAGAUGUUCAAGGCGAUACCGAGGAGCUGUUGCUUGAUGACAACACUAUUCAGGUUCUGGGCAAUGAGUCUCUGCUCUCGUACCACCAGCUGCGGUGUCUCAGCUUGACCAAGAACCGGCUGGAGCUCAUUGAGCCUGGUGCCUUCCUCAGCAGCCAAGGCCUCCAUGUGCUCUCCUUGGCAGACAACCUUCUCUUCACCAACUACUCACUGACAGCAGCUGCUUUUUCUGCUCUGCCAGCUUUGAGGAUGCUGGAUCUAUCUGGAAACCACCUCACUGAGGACAUGGUAUCAGUUUUGGUCUGCAACCUGUCUUCCCUGGAGUCCUUGUCAGUGGCCAGGAACAUCAUCAUGAGGUUGGACUCAUCCAUCUUCACGAACCUGACACAGCUGUUGGAGCUGAACCUGGAGAAGAACUACAUCUUUGAGAUUGAUGAAGCUUUCACAGGGCUGCAGCGGCUGCAGAGGCUCAAUGUAGCUUACAACUACCUCCCGUGUGUAGUAGAGUUUGGGCUGACCCAGCUCAGGGUGCUCAAUGUCAGCAACAAUGUCAUUGAGUGGUUUCUGGCCCUGGAAAGUGAUGACCUUUUUGAGCUGGAGGUGCUGGACCUGUCCCACAACCACCUCCUCUUCUUCCCUGUGUUGCCGCGGCAAAGCAAGCUGCACUCCUUGCUGCUGAAGGACAAUGAGAUGAGCUUCUACCAACGUCUUCCCAAUGGCACAUCCCUGGCAGAUGUUACAGUGCAGUUCCUGCUCGUUGAUGGCAACUCCACCAACAUCACAACGGUCAGCCUCUGGGAUGAGAUCUGCCACAGCAACCUCUCCUCCCUGCGCCUUCUAGACAUGAGCUGGAAUCAGCUCUGGUACCUGCCGGAGGGUUUCCUGGCCCAGAUGCCUUCCCUGACCCACCUGAAGCUCAACCAGAACUGCCUGGAGAUGUUUCACCUGUCUGAGAGGGACCCUUUAGCCAUGCUGACAGAGCUGGACCUCAGCCAGAACAGGCUGGUGGAGCUGGGGGUGGAGGUGGGUGCCAGGGAUGUCCUGCCCAACCUGCAGCUCUUCAACCUCAGCACCAACAAGCUGCGGACGCUUCCUCCUGGGGUUUUCACCUACACCAGAAAGAUCACUACUGUGGACCUCAGCCACAACCAGGUUGAACUCUGUCCCCAGCCUGUUGUUGCAGGUGAGGCAAAGAGUCCCCCCUGUGUGGACAUCAGGGGUGUCAAGACCUUGACUCAUCUCUCCUUGGCUGGCUGUGGUCUGAGGGGACUAGGUGGUCACCCCUUCCAGGGAACACUGCUGAUGCAUUUGGACCUCUCCGACAACCAUCAGGUACUGUCCGGGGAGCUGGGGUGGCUGCAGGACCUUGCUCUGACACUGCAGGUGUUGUCUCUGAGGAACACCAGUCUCUCCUCUACCACUGUGGACUUCUCUGCCUUUAGCAGCCUUGUGCACUUGGACCUUUCGGGGAAUUCCUUGACUGCCUUCCCCACCUCACUGGGUGCCCUGAAACUGCGCAGCCUGAACCUGCGGAACAACUACCUCCCGGCUCUGCCAAAGGACGUGGUGCAGGCACCACUGGGGAAGAGCCUGCGGGAGGUCUACCUCAGCCAGAACCCCUACAACUGCUGCACCCUGGGCUGGUGGGACUCCCUGCAGCGGGUCAAGGGCUUGUGUGUCCCUGACGGGCAAGAGGUGACCUGCAGCUAUGCCUCCCGCACGCUGAGCCCCAGGGCACUGCCCGAGCCUGUUCUGCGGAGCUGCCGCUGGCAGACGGCCGAUCUGGCCCUGCUCUACCUGGUGCUGGCCCUGCCCACCUGCCUGACGCUCCUGGUGGCCUUUGCCAUCGUCUUCCUCACACUCAAGCCGAAGCUGCUGAAAAUGGUUAAAACUCGGUGUGGGGUGUCCAGCUCUUGCUGAUGGCUGAGGAGUAGUAGGAGGAAGGGCUCGGGAAUGCUGCAUGCGAGUGAGUUGUCAGGAUUACAGGCAGUGACCCCUCCAAGGUGGGUGAGUUGGAGUCAUGAUGGAUGGAGCAUCCAGGGGGUGCAGGGAGAACUACUGCUCCUGCUACGGAUGCCGUAAGGGUACCUGAAGGGUGUGGGGCCAUGUCUGGUGAUGCAGCCUGAGGCCAUGCUGAACAUUCUCCAAGUCUUCAGCAGAAACCAUCAGCUGUUGUUGGCAAGAGUCAGAAUCAGAGAAUCAAAUGGUUUGGGUUGGAAGGGACCUUAAAACUCAUCCAGUUCCAACCCCCUGCCAUGGCCAGGGACACCUUCCACUAGACCAGGUUGCUCCAAGCCCUGUCCAACCUGGCCUUGAACACUGCCAGGGAUGGGGCAGCCACAGCUUCUCUGGGCAGCCUGUGCCAGUGCCUCACCACCCUCACAGGGAAGAAUUUCUUCCUAGAAUCUAAACUAAA